AUGAAAUCGUCAGUCCUUUCAGGAGAGACUGGUCUCCCCCCGAUGGAAGUCCACCGCAGUAGUGGUAGCGGAGCUGGGGGAGGAGUCGGGUCACAGUCGACGGUAAUAUCUCUCGAGGACCUCCCACUUCACGCCAUACCGCAGCAUCCUCUGGGGGUAAAGCCAUCGGGAAAUCAGUAUGCCGCUGCUGCUGUCAGUAUAUCCAGGAAUUUCAUAGGUUCCUUUCGAGGACUUCCGGAUGAGGUCCUGGCAGUAUUUCUUGACUAUCUUGACUCAUACACGCUGCGGCUGUUGGGCUCGACAUGCAAGUUUCUCUACGCAUUCUGCAGGUCUGAUGACUUGUGGAAGACGCUGUUUGUCCAGUCACCAAUCUCCAAGUCAGGCUCUUUCCCAUGGCAAGGUACAUGGCGAUCAACUCUCCUCGGCCUGGCCAAAGAGCAGACCGCCCAAGUCACAUGUGACAACGUCUACUCAGACGUGCUCUACAGACCGUUUCUCUGUACCCAUAUAUCCUUGAAACCAUUCACCAACAAUAUCCCCCACUGCAACACCAUUCCCCGACUCGAGGACCUCACUCCCGAAGAGUUCUCCUCAAAAUGGAGCGACAAGCCCUUCAUCCUCACCCAGCCGGUGCAGCAAUGGCCGGUCUACCGGUCCUGGACCACGGACACCCUCCUAGAGAAAUACGGCAGCGUCAAGUUUCGCGCCGAAGCCGUCGACUGGACCCUCGCAACGUACGUCUCAUACAUGACCAACAGCGCCGACGAAAGCCCCCUCUAUCUCUUUGACCGCAGCUUCGUCUCAAAGAUGUCCCUGCAAACCAGCAAAUCCCAGCCUACAGCUUCCUAUUGGAUCCCGGAGUGCUUCGGCGAAGAUCUCUUUGCUGUCCUAGGCGACGACCGUCCAGACGACAAGUGGCUGAUCGUCGGCCCAGCCCGCUCCGGCUCAACGUACCACAAAGACCCAAACGCAACGUCCGCCUGGAACGCCGUGCUCCGCGGCUCCAAGUACUGGAUUAUGUUCCCCUCCUCGCCAUCUAGUCCGCCUCCUCCGGGCGUCUACGUUUCCGAAGACCAAAGCGAAGUCACCUCGCCUCUCAGCAUCGCGGAAUGGCUUCUGGGAUUCCACGCUGAAGCCAGGAAAACGCCCGGGUGUGUGGAAGGCGUUUGUGGAGAGGGAGAAGUGCUGCAUGUUCCGAGCGGAUGGUGGCAUCUUGUCGUCAAUCUUGAGACGUCCAUCGCCAUCACGCAAAACUUCGUGCCGAGGGCGCAUCUGGGGAGGGUUUUGGAAUUCCUCAAGGACAAUACGGCGGAUCAGGUGUCUGGGUUCAAGAAGGAGGUCACGGAUCCGUAUGGAGUGUUUUUGAAGCGUAUGCGAGAAGAGCAUCCGGAGUUGCUGGAGCAGGCUCUUGCUGAGUUGGAGAGAAAGGCUGAGGGCAGGAAGAGGAAGUGGGAUGAUGUUGCGAGGAACGACGAGGAGAAUGGCGGUGGUGGGUUUAGCUUUGGGUUUGGGAGUGAUAGUGAUGAAGAAGUUCCUUGA